ACAAAACGUGGAUGUGGAUGUGUCUCACAAAAAGGCCUUUAUUUCACUAAAAAUGGUGUUUACUUUGGGAGCGGUGACAGAAAAAAUAAUGAAAUUGGACAGCGAAUAACAGCAACCAUGAAAUUACACUACAAAAAUAUCGAUAAAGCCGGAAAUGGGUCUGUGACCCUGACCGCCGAAGAACCCGAGGAUAUGUGGCAUGCGUACAACAUCAUCCAGAUAAACGAUCAAGUUCGCAGCACCACAAUCCGCAAAGUUCAGAACGAGACAGCGACGGGAUCAUCAUCGUCAAAUCGCGUUCGAACAACUCUCACAAUCUCCGUGGAAAACAUCGAUUUUGACACGCAGGGACAGCAACUCCGCCUAAAAGGUCGCAACAUCGAAGAAAACCAAUGGGUCAAAAUGGGCGCCUACCACACACUCGAUCUCGAGCUAAACCGCAAAUUUACCAUCACCAAAUCCGAAUGGGACACAAUUUCGCUGGAACGCGUAGAACUAGCAUGUGAUGUCACACAAAACGCCGAUGUCGCUGCCGUCAUCAUGCAAGACGGCUUGGCGCACAUUUGUCUCAUCACGGCGAGCAUGACAAUCGUUCGCAGCAAAAUUGACGUCCCGAUUCCGCGCAAACGAAAAAAUCACGUGAACCAACACGAAAAGGGCCUAGCGAAAUUUCACGACGCCGUCAUGCAAGGCAUUUUAAGACACGUAAACUUUGAUGUCGUCAAAUGCAUUCUCAUCGCAUCACCUGGCUUCGUGAAGGAUCAAUUUUACGAAUAUAUGUUCCAACAAGCCGUAAAGACAGACAACAAACUUCUGCUGGAAAACAAGUCAAAAUUUAUGCUGUGUCAUGCCUCGUCGGGCUUCAAGCAUUCGCUGAAGGAAGUUUUGCAGGAUCCCGCUGUCGUGGCAAAGAUGUCCGACACAAAAGCAGCUGGCGAGGUAAAAAUCUUGGGGCAAUUCUAUACGACGUUGCAAAUGGAACCAGCCAAAGCCUUUUACGGGAAGAAGCAUGUAACAAAAGCAGCUGAAGCACAAGCCAUUGAGACACUUUUGAUUUCAGACAAUUUGUUCAGAUGUCAGGAUGUAAAUGUUCGCAAGGAAUAUGUCGCUCUAGUGGACAGCGUUCGAGAUUCUGGCGGUGAUGUUAAAGUUUUCUCAAGUAUGCAUGUGUCGGGCGAACAAUUGGCACAAUUAACUGGAGUCGCUGCAAUUUUGAGAUUCCCAAUGCCUGAGUUGGAAGACAGCGAAGACGAAGAUGAUUCUGACGAAGAUUGACACUUGUUCACAAUCUUUUUCAUGGCAAUCAUGUAUAAAAAAGUUGUUAUUUAUCACUCUUUUUGUAAUUUUUGUGUGCGCUAUCAAAUUAUUUUCAUUUUUGUAAAUUAUGUUUCGAGUAAAAAAUAAAGCCUUUUUACUAAUUUAAC